AUGGCGUUCAGAGAUGCGCUGCCGUGUGCAUAUUCCACAGAGCAGGUCGCCGCAUGGCUCAGGCACAUCUCCCUCCCAGCGGACUACGACCGCUACAUAGCAGACCCAGCCUCGAUCCCGAAGACGUUCGACUCCCUCCGGACUCUGUUCAGGUGCCAGAUUACUACUUUUCCAUACGAAAAUCUCUCGGUGCAUUAUUCACCUACGCACCUGGUUAACAUCCGACCCGAUGUCUUGUACACUAAAAUGCUGGGCCCUUAUGAGGGAGGGAGAGAAGGCAGAGGCGGCUACUGCAUGGAGCUCAGUAUUUUCUUCCACCAUAUGCUGCGUGCCAUCGGGUUUGAUGUCUAUAUGACAGGGAUCAGGAACAGGACAAGAACUGAGGGCGUUCCCAGCGGAGAAUACCAGGGCUGGACACACAUCAACAAUAUCGUGCAUUUGCCGUCUGGCGAGAAGUUCUCUGUCGACGUCGCCUUCGGAGGCGAUGGCCCAACGAGCCCUAUGCGGAUGGUAUCUGGACAUGCCGUACAGAAUCUGGGGCCGCAGGAGGUCCGGCUGGUAAACGAUCAUAUACCCAAGCAGCGGCUCACGGAGCCCAAGCUCUGGAUAUACCAGUACCGAAACGGACCGGAUCGGGAAUGGAACUCGUUCUACAGCUUUGCCGAGAUCGAGUUCUUCCAGGAGGACUUUGAGGUGCAGAAUUGGUGGACGAGUGCAAAGACUCUCCACCGGUGGACGGUGCUUGUAGUGCGGUUUCUAAGAGACGGGGAGCCUGUCAAGUUCGAGGAAAGAAAGGAUAUGUUGCCAUCUGAGGCGAAUUUCAAAGUGGCUGGCAAGGUCAUGAUGGUGAACGAUGUUGUUAAACUAAAUAUGGGAGGGAAGACAAGUAUCAUCUACUCGUUUGAGACGGAAGAAGAAAGGCUGAAAGCUCUCUGGGAUUAUUUCGGUAUAAAGCUGACCCAGGACGAAAUUGGAUGCAUCAAGGGCUGGGAUAUGGCGCUCAAAUAG